AUGCAGCGCGACCUGGCGCGCGCGCUGUUGGACCCUCAGUCGGGGGGCGUCGCCGCCUACGUGCAGGAGUGCGUCCACUCCACGAGCAUCGGCGUGGACGCCACCUUCGUCUUCCUGCUGCAAGUGAUCGAGGAGAUGGACGACGCCAUUGGCGAGUUCCUGCCGCUCGCAGCCAAUGAGCAGCCGCUGCCCCACGACCACGAGGUCGAACUCGGCACACUGCUGUCCGCUGCGUCGCUGACGAUUCGCUAUGUGACCGAGCGCCAGGCCAUGACGCCGCUGCUGCAGCGGUAUCGCGACGCGUUCGACAAGGUUCUGCAGUAUCCCGCGUGGACGCACAAGUGCUACUACGGACUCAAGGCGGUGGCGCUGAUGGGCACCACGCGAGUGCUCGAGAGCUUCGGAGAGCAGGUGCCUGCGGGCGACGUGCUCAAGCAGCUGCGGUGGCUGUUCCCGCUGUUCAAAGACGAGCAGGUUCAGGCGGAGCUGCGGUUGAACACGCUGCUGCGUCCGGCGUGUGAGUACGUGGCGGUGGCGCUGCAGACCCACCCGGCCGCGAGGGAAGCCAUCUUCACGGAGGUGCUGCCGCAGUUGUUGACGCUUGUGACGAAGGAAGGGGCAGAGACACAGGAGACGGCGGUGGCGGAGGCGGUCAAGGUGGAGCUGGCGACGACUGUGGCUGUGCUGCUGGAGGCCAAGUCGCCGUACACUCCGCCCAACACUUUUGCGUUGUUGGUUCUUCCUUCGUUUGUCGAGGAGAUGGAAGCGGAUGAGUCCAAGGUUUCCAGUAGCAACGCCAUGUUUACCGCCAAUGCGGAGGCAGACGCCAAGUCGGACAGGUUGGAGACUCUGGACGAAGAGGAGGAGAAACCUUCAGCCACUGCGAUCGCGAGGCAGAGGGAAGGGGACUGCUGCAAGGUGCUCUGCACGUGGCUGGAGGUGGAAAGUAGACGGAUGGUGGCCGCUCAAGCUCUCGCCGUCAUGUACAGGGUCGUUGCCAAUGGCACGACGGCAGAGAACGUGGCGAACGGCGCGAUCUCACUGACUACUCCACUUGACGAGAUGACCAAGGCACUCAAGGAUACGGAGUUGUCUUCACUUCCUGAUUUCGAGUUCAUCAACGCGCUGCUCGAGUCGAUUCGUGACAUUUUUCUUUUCCAGCAAAGAUUGGCCGUCCCUGCCCUUGAAGGUGCUUUCAAGGCCAUGAGCGGCGUGAUGCCUCGACUAGAGGCCGGUCUCAAAUUAUUUUCUAAGAAGCACUCGGCUGAGAGACGCAGCGCCAAGGGAGCUUGUUCAGCCAUCCGACACACGCUGGUGGAGGCGUUCCUCGCCUGGCUGCACCACCCCGACGCGGCCACUUUGCUCACGUGCCAGGUGGACUUCUUGCACAACGUGGCUGGCACUCUCGCCGACCCGCGCGUGUACGGCGACGUGAUUGCUGUUCUGCGCGCGUCUACGGUUCCAGAGGCGAGCAUUGAGUACGAUACUGGCCGUCGACUUGCCGUCGUGACGCUCUGCCAAGCCAUCAACCAGCUCGCUCGGUAUUCCAAGUCAACGGCCAACCGGAUCAUCUCGGGCCUCACUCGUGUUGCUGCAGCCUGCCGUAGCGACAUCCACCCGCUGGCUAACGAGCUCGUGCUACCUCUGCUGCCGUCAAUGCUCGACGGAUCACAAUGGGGCAAGUUCCUGCGUCUUCGCACAGAAGCUGUGGCGACGGUACUUAUCGGUUGCGCUGAGAACGACGACUUCCAGGUCGAUAACCACCCUUGGAUCAGCGACUUUAUCAGCUUCCUGCUUGACCCCGUCGUAUCCUCGGAGAACGUGCACUCGCUCAUGAUCCUGUGCGGAUUGAUCCGGGCCGAGCGCAAGCUGCUGCUUCACGUCGUGUCGUUCUGCAUGGCCAACCCGCAAAUGGUCACGCAGACUUUGCACGAGCCUCUCGCGCGGUGGCCGCUCUACGAGGAAGACGUCGAGCUUGUCGUCGUCACGCUGGAGCUGCUCGAGGCGUUGUUGAGCGCCAAAACUCUGCGAGCCACGGUGGACGUCGACGCGAUCUAUGCCACGAUUUUGCAGCUUUCCGAGAACGCGGCAAGCGAAGGCCUGGAGGUGAUUUCGACCGUUUGUAAGCAAGUUAUGGCAUCGCUGGGCUCCCAGCAGUAG